GGUGACUCUCAGACUCUCACUCUCUCACUCGCUUCAUCUCAACUCCGACCAAACUGACGAGUUGUUGGCAACUGGGGAAGCAUAAAAAGAUUUUGUCAUUUUCAUUUAACCAACCUGGAUGGCGGGGUGGGGUGUUCGUCGGCGAGUUGCAUACCUUAAAGGAAAUAAUCCUCCUCAAGUUGCAUCCAGCAUCUCUAAGGAAGAAGAGGUUGAAGAUUCCAAGGAUGAAGUUUUAAGAGCUGUGAUGGAGGAUUCAAAAUAUGAAGUUUUAAGAGCUGUUAAAAGUGAACCUCUAGAAGAUAUGCCAGAAUCCAAAAGGAGGAAGUGCCCUGGCCGCAGAUCUAAAGAAGUACAGGCAUCAUUGUUUGCUAAGAAAAGACAGCAUGUGACCAUAGCAGGAAGAGGAAGAUGGAAUGAUGAGAGGUAUAAGAGGGCAGAGCAAAGUUUGUUCAAUGUUUUGGAGGCUCAAGAUGCAACUUUUGCCCACCCAAUUUCCAGGACAGAUCUGAGAUUGGCAGCACGUAGACAAAUUGGUGACACUGGGCUGAUUGACCACCUACUGAAGCACAUUGAUGGUACAAUUGCACCAUGUGGGAGCAAGCGGCUUCGGCGGUGGUUCAACCACAAUGGAAUAAUGGAAUAUUGGUUGGAGAGUGCGGAACUGGCUGACAUUCGAAAAGAGGCUGGGUAUCAUCCUUAUUGGUUUCCACAAGGCUGUGGCCCCUCUGAGCAUUAUAAUUCUUCUGGAGAACUGAGGCUACUCAAGGCAGAAGUCGAUAAAAUGAAAAGUGAUAUGCAGGAGCUGCUGGUGUCCAAGAAGCAAGAGAACGAUCAAAGCAAUAUGCUGGAGGAUUUGGUGAAAUGGAAAGCUCAAAUUGAGGAAAGCUUGAAACUUAAUCUGGGUUCUUGGAAGGGUAUACAGGACAAGUUGGGGGAGUUCUUGAUAUGGAAAGCUUCUGUUGAGCAACAGCUGGUGGAAUGUACAAAUGUCAUGAGUAAUAUGCAAGUAGAGAAGCAAUACACUGCUACCAACCUUGUAGCUUCUGAGCAAUGGGAAGAUUGGUUGGAUAACAGCAAUGUGGAUAAUUUCCAGGGAAAUGAACUUGUAACUUGGUUUGAGAGUACCACUCCGGUUAACACUGAAGAGGAAGUUAUAAUCCAAGAUCACCGCUCCGCCCCACCAGAUGGAUCAAAGACUGGUGAUAGCUCAUCUCAGGACCCUAUUUUCACAGCCGAAGAAAUGGUUGAACUGGAGAGGGAGAGAGAUGUGCUGAGGCUGGAAUGGGAGAAGCAGACUGAACAUCAAGCUAAUGUGACUCCGAAUUCUUCUGCAAGUUCGAAGUCAGAUGUUGAUAAUGUGCAUUUGUUUCAGGAAAUGUUUCAGGAGUUGUUUAGCUGGAAGUCUCAGAUGGAGCAGAAAGUGAUUGAGUUAUCGGAUUCCGUGAGUGCCCUCAAGCAAACAUCAAAACUCUCUACUCCAGCCUUUCAGCUGCCAGAAGACGGGAAUCUGAGUAUGGACUAUUAUCCGUUUUACAAGUUCUAGAAGAGUCUUAGUUCACAUUAGACUAGCACCAGAGAAGAUUUAGACUUUGUAUAGAAUUACAAGCUGAUGCCUGAAAAUCCAGUCCAACUACCAAACCAGUGAGAGACCUAUUUUAACUUUACAUGUCGACCCCAAACCCUCAAGCAUUUUGCUUUUAGUUAGUGACUGCUGAUCUUGAAUGUUAAUAUACCACAGAUCGAUCCGUGA